UGGUGGUUCUGUUUGCUCCAUCAAAACUCAUAUGCCAAUUCAGGUUGCUGCAAUGCUUUCUCUUUAUCAGAAAAGGGAUUUCUGUGAGAUUUAUGUUCCGUGCUUUCGUCAAGUUACCAUUUUUCUCACAGCCAUGAGAAGGUUGCUGGAUCCAGUCCUCAGAUCUGUCCACCUUAUGAUUCUCAAGUAUAUGUCAAAGCUGUGAUGCUAUAACUAUGAUGCUGCUGGUGCUGCUGGCUUUGAAAUUAGAUCAAUGUUUUGCUUGUUAUCUUUGGAAAUGAAUCAAAAUUUCUCUCAGCUUCUUGUUAAACACAAAUUGUCGAUUUGUUUGCUUUAGCCAAAGCAUUAUAUACGACAAGGCCUGCCUUUAAGUUAACUGUAUGCCGAAAUAUUUGUGGCACUCUUCUCAUUGUUGACUAUUUUGUUCUUUUAACUAAAAAGCUUUAGAUGUGAAUCAUUGUGUUACUAUGAUCAAGAGAUCUUACCAUAGUCUUGAUCCAUCUUUAUUUUGCCUAGAUUUCUUUUAUUAUAUCUGCCUUGUAGAUUGGAUCAAAGUAAGUCAAAGCUAAGCAACCAAACAAGAUGUCAUUGUCUGGAUAUGUUUUCAGCAACUCAAUGUUUGAACUUUUGUGUUGUCUUAUGACCAGAAGAAUUGCAUUCUCAUUGUAUAUUAAAUGUUCAGAGAAACAUUAUAGAUGAAUACCAUGAAGCAUCAAUAAUUUAUGAAAUAAUUAAUCUAUUUGAAGAGAAUCUUACAAACAAACAGGGCACAUAGAACCAAAUAACAUCUUAUCAGUGUGAGCUAUUCUUCUGUUUGUUUAUCAUAUAUUUAUCUUCUUAUUUUGUUUAAGUUCUGCAUAAAUUAAAUGAGACAAGUCAAUGGCACCAACUUGCAUGAUAAAGCUAAUUACAAGGACUAAGUCCUAGAAAACAAUUGUUAGGCUUCUACUGAUUCUCUUAUAAAUAUUAUAGUUACAUGAUAACAACUGCUUAGGCUAUGAUGAAGAAAUUUAACAUCAACUCUUGUGAGAAAAAACAAUUAAUUUAUCCAGUGACUAAACUAGAAUAAGCUUGAAAUAGUAGUCUUAUUAGUGGUCCUGAACUUGCCUAUGGAUUGACAAAUUGGCUUCAUAUGACGAUGUGAUUCCAUUUCAGUUGUAUCUUUCUCUUUUGUAUAUUUACAAAACACUGCAUUAGAUUCUUAGCAGAGAAAUAUGCAGUUAAUUUCAGAACAAAUUAGUAGAAAUUCCAAAGAAGAGCAAUCAAACGCAGAUUGAAGGGGAGAUGAAAAGGAUGUAUUUAAAGGCCUUGUGAGUUCCAAUUCUUCAUUUGAUUCAAAUUUCAUAGUUAGAAUGCUUCGAUUCUUCGAACCCGAAGCUGAGUUAAUCUGCAGAACUUCUUCUCCUGUGGAUUAUCUGAAGUUUAUAGCAAUGCAUGAGACUCUCUUCAGUAAUGAAUCACAAGCUCCGAGUUUUGAUAGAUUCCAGCUGAGUGGAUUCUCCGAGUCGAAGAUUAUGCUUGCAAGCUUGAUUCAAGGCCACCCAAUUGCUACAAAGGACACAAAUGUUAAACAUGGUUCAAAGAGGCAGAAGACCUCUCAUGCUGCCACUGCUGUUGAAUCACCAACAAGGAGGAACCAGAAGCUCGGAGACAGGAUCACUGCUCUUCAGCAGCUCGUUUCACCUUUCGGGAAGACCGACACAGCAUCAGUGCUUCAAGAGGCCAAUGUUUAUAUCAAGAUUCUCCAUGAACAAAUCAAGGCCUUGACAUCUCCUUACUUCAACAAGGGCUUUAAAGAAGAAAAAGACGACGACUUGCAAAGCAGAGGCUUGUGCCUUGUUCCUAUAUCCAAAAUAACAAACCUCUGUGAUCAUGCACCCUUGACAUGAAAACCUUAUCAGAAUGUAACUUUUUUUUUUUUUGUGACUCUAGAUAAAAUAUUAAUAAAAAGUUAAUACUUUUGGUGUAUUUUCACAAAUGAGUGAAAAGAGAAAACAUCAUCAGAAAUGU